AAUUUGCAGUUGCAGAAGUAUGGUGAAAAAUGCGUGUGGCAGAGGUGUGAUCCUAAGAUGAUCAGUUGGCUAAUAUGAACACCCACGAUGUCGUCAAAUUUUCACCUCUUCUCGACAACGAGAUUCGCAUUCUCUAAGAUGGAGUGCCCAAAAUGCUUGAUGAUGAUGUGUUAAUCCUGUUACAAAGAUCAUAAGUAUGCAGCAAAAGAUGAUUUUCUCUUUCAAGCCAUCAGAUAUAACUAAACCAAGUUUGAAGUCACUCCUACCUUAUGUUUCUGCAAAUCAGGCAAACUGGAAAUGUAUACAAGAAUGUGAACAGGAAGAUUGAGAAAGGAGUUGCUUGUGCCACAUGUAUAUCAGUAAACAAUCUAGUCUGCCAUUUCUCUCCACUAGACAAUGACGAGUCAGUGUUGGAAGCUCACACCCAUGUACUUCAAGAAGGUCCUAUUACAGGAAGGGCAGAAGAUGUCAUUGCUGCUGCAAAUACUGCUGCAGAGGUGGCCUUGAGGCUUUUCAGGCCAGGAAAGAAGGUAAUUAACUGUAACUAGUUUUUGUUCUAGUUGCAUCUUUGUAAUGGGUUGAUUUGGAUUUUACAUCAUGUUGCCUUUCUUGAGUGUGUACCUUUCAAUGAUAGUUGUAAAUUCAAGUGAUAAAGCAUUAAAAUUGGAGAGAAAUUAGUUUGUUUCAUGUGUAUUAUUUGAAGGAAUUUCAUUGCUCUGUUAUGUGCCUUGUUGAUAUUGAUCUCUAAAUUAUGCAAACUGUCAUGAGCUAUGGAUAAACUCCGAAGAAGCUUAAUUGUCAUAGUUACACUGAUAAAGGUCAUUUAUGGUUUUUCUCCCAUAGACUUUCCAAUUAAGUACAUUUGUCAUAUUUGGAACUCAUCUUGACUACAGUGUGUUAUGCAUUCUGCAUGAUGAAUUCUGUCUUGAAUUUGCAUCGAAGACUUGAUUUGAUUUUUGUUCUAAUUGAAAUUGUUCUAUAUCUUUUAUUUCUUUCCAGUUUUCCAUGUUCUCUUGAAACUAUCCUAGCGUGGUUUAUUUUAUAUUGUAAUUUGAUUAAUUUUUCUCUGUAUGAUGAAGAAAUCAUAGGCUAUGGAUGAACUCCAAUGAAGCCUGUUUUUUUCAUAGUUACACUGACAGAGUAUUGUUGAUUUUCUAUCCCAUUAUGUUCUUGGUGUUUGGCCUUUGGUCCUUGAAAGAUGCAUUGUUCGAACAAGAUUAUUAUUUAUCCAUCACAUCAGCUUGCUCACCCUUUUCUGUUGACAAUAAGCUUGAAUCUUGGAGUUGUACUUAAUGAUUUUAUUUGAU